UGUGUUUCGCUCUCAGCCCCUACCCCCCACGCCCCGCGCUCGACUCGCCCGCAUUCUAGUCGUGGGUGUCGCGCUGUGCAGUCCUCGCGUGUGCCGCUCAACUUAGUGCGCCGUUUGUGAGUGCUUUAGUUUUCGCUCGAGUGACAGUGUGACGACGAAAACCAGUAGCCCAUCGCGGAGGAUGUUAACAGCUCACGAUAUUAGCUGUUGACACCAUAGACGCAGCCCACCGGCCAUUUGUUCUCACCCCCGCUCCCCAAAACAUCUCCAAGAUUGCUGCCACCAUGGGCCGGAAGAAAAUACAAAUAUCUCGGAUUACAGAUGAACGGAAUCGACAGGUUACGUUCAACAAAAGAAAAUUUGGAGUGAUGAAGAAAGCUUACGAGUUGAGCGUCCUGUGCGAUUGUGAGAUUGCCCUCAUCAUCUUCAGUUCAAACAACAAACUCUACCAAUAUGCUAGCACUGAUAUGGACAAGGUAUUACUGAAGUACACGGAGUACAACGAGCCGCACGAGUCGCUAACCAACCGGAACAUCAUCGAGGCGCUAACGAAGAAAGAGCAUAAGAACGGUGUGAUGUCACCAGACAGCCCUGAAGCGGAACCGGAAUACAACCUGACUCCCCGCACUGAAGCAAAGUACUCGAAAAUUGAUGAAGAAUUCCAAAUGAUGAUGCAAAGGAACCAGUUGAAUGGGAGGAGCGUGGGAGUUGGAGUGGCAGGGAGCAAUUAUAAUCUUCCUGUCAGCGUUCCAGUGGGAAGCUACGACCAAUCACUGUUACAGGCUAGUCCUCAGAUGCACACCUCUAUCAGUCCACGGCCCUCGUCUUCGGAAACCGAUUCAGUGUACCCAAGCGGUGGGAUGCUGGAAAUGUCAAACGGAUACCCAGGUUCCGGCUCGCCUUUGGGCGCCGGUUGUACCCCUUCCCCCUCCCCGGGACCGGCUCCGUCGCCCCACCGUCAUCCCCACAAGCAUGCCCCCCCGCCGCACCACUCACCACGGCAUAACAACCUUCGCGUCGUCAUACCCAGCUCUAUGCCACCGCCACAAGAUGAUAUCUCGUAUACCGGAGAGACACCGCUAAGCUACCCAGGACUUGGAAAUUUCGGACCACAAGACUUCAGCAUGAGCUCAGACAUGGGGAUUGGACUAUCAUGGGGCGCGCACCAACUGCAUACACUACAGCACAACAGGUACAUUAGCAGCUUGCCAGUGUUAGGUGGCGGGACGCCCCCACCGGCCGCGUCGCCUAGCAACGUGAAGAUAAAAGCCGAACCAGUGUCGCCGCCACGUGCGCCUGACCACCUACAUAGAGGACAACCCGCACCGCAGCCCGCACAUAUUUCUGGCGUUAUUGAUGGUUCAAUAAGUUCAAGUAACCUGGGUUCGCCUGCAGGCCAGGACAUGCGGCACAGCGCCGUGCCGCUGGACUAUGAGCAGCCACACACGAAGAGGCCGCGCAUCGAGGGUUGGGCCACAUAGCUAGGCCCCGAGGCCUACGGGCCCUACUCGAGGCCCCUCCACCCGCACUGCUAGGCCCCGAAUAGGCCACGGAAGGCCCCAGGCCUCCUGUCGCACUUCACCCCGUCCCCGGACACGCUCUUUCGAGGGCAGGUUAGACAACCCUUUAUACGUAAUUCAUGUUACACUUAGACGAUCUUCGUUGGACCCGUAGGUAGCAUUCUAAUUUCCUCUGUAUAUAGAUGUUAUACGUGCAAUCCGUGCCAUUGUCUGUUUAGCUUAAAUGUAGUCAAUUUGAGUCAAGUGAGUGAACUGUAGGGAGGUGAAGAGGACACUACGGUGCAAGUUGAGACGGAACUGACUUUGUUUUAGUGUUUUAUAGUUUUUUGUGCCAUCUAAUAUCAUAGUGUGACAUCCGAACUUCGAUCUUUGUAAGUGUAGCAUCAUCACAUAUGUUAUAUAUCGUAUUUAUACACAAGAAUCAUAUAUGUAUACACGUCCCGUUAGGUACGAAUGUUAUGUAUUUAGUAGGUAAUGUUAGCUAGACGAUAAAAUGUACCACACGAAGCUUUAAAAAUCUUAUGAUUCAUUCGCACCCUAAGCAGUCUUGGUAUAACGAGGUAUAUACACUAAAUUAGAUUCUACAAUUCGGUAUUGAUUCAAGGUCUAUGUCGCCUUCGAAGUUUCUUGUGACCAAAUAUUGAAGUCAAUUUAUCACCUACUUAUCUGGUACUUCAGAAGUACGAUUAGAUUAGCGGUCGGAAACUGGUUGUUUUGUUAAUGUGAUCUGAAGCAUUGUAAACACAAAUUAUAAUAGGCUAAAACACAAAAAUAUAUUUAUCAAAUGACAUAUUUUAAUAUUGCACUACAAAUCACAUCCCUAUUUUUAGAUGUUGUGUAAACAGAUUAAUGAGAUAUAUUUUUAGUUUUCUUAAUGCUAUGAUAUCUUUGUGCUUUGGCCACUGUUACCUACACUGUAGUUGCCUUACUUACAGUGCCUAAGUGUACCCAUAAAAGGUUCUAAUGUAUAUCGUAGCUAACAUUCACACCUAAAAACCCAAGACCUAGCCUUUCCCCAAUGGUGCAUACUUCGAUUGUUUUACGCUAAUUUAUGUUCGCUUAUACGCUGUCGCUUGUCUUGGGUCGUAUAUUUAUUUUCAAUACAUAUACUAUUCACAUAUAAACAUAAGUUCAAUGUAAAUACAAAAUUAUACGAUUGUUGUUGUAUGUAAAAAUCACUAUUUUAAUACAUAUUUAGAGUAAUCCUUCAAGUCACAAUAACAAAAUUUUGUAUAUUUGUUAAAUAUUGUGUACAGGGAUGUAACCAGUUUGAAGUUCAAAAGUCUGAAGGAUGGAGAAUGUAUUUUCGCAUUGUAUUAUAAUAUACACGUUUAGAAUAUUUUAAUACCAUAAACGUUUUCCCGAAGGGAGAUAUUCUUGUAAAAAUUUGUUAGUAACCGCACUGUCGUAUCGAUGUUUCCGAACUAUUCGGCCCUCAAGUUCCUUUCCCCGUGCAUUCUUUGAGAUUUGCUCAAAUCGUUUGGCUAAUCCCUUAUCGUUAAAUAGUUUAAAAUUGUUGUGAUGUAUUGAGCGUUCGUUUCUCCUCUCGCAGCCGAUACCUUUAAGGAAGUGCACGAAACUUAUUUAAUCUGUGUCGGUUAUCCGAAUAGGACAUAAGUAUUAUAACCAUAUUUAUAUGUAAAACUACAUAGACUCGUCGAUUGCACUUUUAUUAUAUCGACUAAAACAGUAAGCUGGUAUUGGGAGCAUUAUUUCCGAUGUUGCGAGGUUUGCAUCGGCAAUGAUUUCACUAUAAGUAUAUGAUAAUCAUUUCACGCACAACUGUGUUGUGUGUUUUGUAAAGCUUGGUUUGUUUUAGAUGUGCCGUUGUAUGUUUGCCCCUUCUGUGAGGCAGCGGCGACUCCCUUAGUGCGGGAUCAUUGCAUUUAUGAAACAUUAGUCAUAAGUAAAUAUGUGGUCAUCGAGCUCCGUGCAUUAGAUGUGUCUGUCCUCUGUCGCCCCUGCCUCACAGCCACUCGAACAACCCAAAUAGAUAGUAGGACUAUACAUAUCCUUUUAUGAAUACUCAGUCGAAUUCACUUUCAAUUGUAAAACAUCAGCUGUGCAAUACAUGUAACAAUUGCUUAGGUAGGUUUUAGUUAUAUUUUCGUUUGAAUUUACAAAGAAUGCAAAUCUGUUGUAUUUUAUCGAUAUUUUUAUUGAUAGCGCCUUCGGUAUUUCGGAGGUGAGUUAAGUCAUAAUUAUAAUUAUUUUGUAAGUUGAGGCCGGGCCAUGAGGCAUUUCUGCAAUUUGUGUAAAUGAUUCAAACAUCUCAGUGGCUGAAUGAACUAAUGUUAAUGGACAGUGUUAGAAAAUUGUUAUAAAUUAUUUUGAUGACUGUUCGAAGGAUAAUAAAGAGUUGGAUGUCA